GUCGGCGUCAAAUCUUCACAGGUCUGCGUGUACCUAGCUGAAUUUAUUCUAAGUCAAAUUGUUGGAACUAACCAUGGAUUAUUUAGUGGGGCAUUCAAUUAUGCUCCUGAUUGCAUAUGGUUAUUGCGUUGGCGUUUCUGGACCUACCGAGUUUAGAACAUGUUGCUGAAUUCAAGGUUUACCUGGGUUGAUUCUCGUGGCAUCACUAAUAUUACCCCCCCCCCCCCCCCCCCCCCCCGAAUCUCCACCUGGCUACCUUCUCGGGAACGAUGGGAAGACUGGUGGCUCUGCACGCAAAUGAUAAUAGUAACGACCCGGUAGUGCAGGUAGAGUUCGAGGAAGUUCAAGAAGCCACUCACAUUACACAUGAGGCCAAGGAUGUAUCUAUUCUUUCGCUUUUUGGACCACGAAUCUCGAACGAAUGGUAUGCGGCAUGAUAGUACAAAUGUGGCAACAGUUGUUAGGUGGAAACGUUGCAAUGUAUUAUCAAUUGAUGUUAUUUGUUCGUUUAUUGACUGUAACUCAGACUGGCAACACCACUCUUCAUAAAUUCUUCCGCGAUUCAAUAGGGUCAUCUUCUUGCUGACGACCGGGACCAUGCUAUCAAGGAUUGACUCCAUCGGCUAACGGCCACUCUUACUAGUUGGAUCUGUGAUAUGUAUGGUACUUCACUUUACCAUUGCUGGUCUUACGGCUAGUCAUGGCCACUACGAAAAUGAAGUGAACGGAAACAAUAACUUACAGGGGUCAAUCGCCGGAGCACCAGCCAAAGGUGUCAUUGCAUCUUCGUAUAUAUUUAUAGCGGCCUACGGUUUAACAUGGAUAUGUGAAGCACCCACAGCAUGGAUUUACUGAUCAAAAAAUGUCCCACUCAAAUAUUGCGCCAAGGAAGUCUUUAUAUCCGCAGCUGCUAACUGGACAUUCAAUUGUGCGCUCACUUACUUUAUUGCUCCUGCAUUCAAAAACAUCCAGUGGAAGGCGCAGAUAAUCAUCGGCGGUUUCUUGUAGGGCGAUGAUUUUCCAAAUAUUCUUCAUGUACCACUAAAUUGUACUGAGGUCUCUUGAAGAGAUCGAAGAGAUCGAUAUUGUCUUUAACCCAGAUGUGAAAUCUUGGCGGUCAAUGCAGAUAAAAAAUAUGUUUCAAGAGGAGGUGUAGCACUACAAAGAAAA